UAUUCUCUAGUAAACUGUUACAUACAUAUUGAAUAAAAAGUCUUUUUUUUAGUAAGAACUUGUUUUCUUUCGCUGGUGGUUGAAACUUUCCAAGUAACUCAUAAUAACUGCCAGAAAUCAGAGUUGAGCUUGAGCAAGCACAUGCGUUAAUGUUAAUGGCAACCACCCUUUCCUUCUCCUUUCCCGUGUUCCAAAGCACUCCACUAUCCAGAAGAGUCUCAAUCUCAUGCCACUCAUCCAACUCCAACAACGAGACUCUCCGCGUGGCCUUCGCCGGCGGCGGCACCGGCAGCAACGUGUACCCGGCGGUGGCCAUCGCGGAGGAGCUGAAAACCGCCAACCCCACGUGCCAGUUUCUCUUCCUCUGCACCCCCGACAGCGUGGAAAGCGCCGCAAUCUCCUCCGCAGGCUACGACUUCGCCUCUGUCUCUUCACCACCCCAAAACCUUCUCUUCUUCCCUCACCGUCUCUUCAAGUCUCUGAUCCAAUGCCUCUGCCACCUCCGACACUUCCAACCCGACGUUGUUGUCGGCACCGGCGGCUACGUCUCUUUCCCCGCCUGCCUCGCUGCCAAGCUCAGAGGCACCAACGUUGUCAUCCACGAACCCAACUCUGUCCCCGGCUUCGCCAACUCUCUUCUUUCCUUCUUCGCUGAUGCCAUCUUCGUUGCUUUUAACUCCACACUCGAUAGUUUCCCGAGGAACAAGUGUUUCGUGUGUGGGAACCCGGUGAGGUUGUCUAUUAGGAACCUCGUUUCCAAGGUGACCGCCAUGUCUCAUUUUUUCCCCGGUUCGGAUAGUGGGAGCAGGAUUUUGUUGGUGCUUGCGGGAUCUUUUGGCGCCAAUGCAGUUAACAUUGCGAUGCUGAAUUUGUAUUAUCAGAUGCUGAGACAGGAUAGUGGCUUGUAUGUUAUUUGGCAAACUGGGGUUGAAGCCUUUGAUGAAAUGGAUAGUCUUGUUAAAACUCAUCCACGCUUGUAUAUCACACCGUUCAUGCAUUGUAUGGGUUUGGCAUAUGCAGCAGCAGACUUGAUUGUCUCCAGAGCAGGUGCAAUGACUUGCUAUGAAAUAUUGGCAACAGGGAAACCAUCUAUCCUGAUACCCUCGCCAAAUUUCUCUGAGGGGAAUCAGUUCAGAAAUGCUUCCUUGAUGGCAGAUUUAGCUGGUGUGACUGUUAUAACUGAGGAUGAGCUAGACUCAAGUACUCUAGCCAUUGCAAUUGAAAAGAUUUUAAGGGACAAGAAGAAGAUGGAAGAUAUGUCUGAGAGGGCUCUGAAGGCUGCAAACCCCAAUGCCUCAGCAGAGAUUGCAAAACACAUUCUCUCCCUUGUAAAUCUAUCUACCAAAGAGAAAAGAAAUACGGCAACAAAGUAGAAUCCUAGCAACUAGCAUUUCAUGGUGGUUGAAAUAAAUUCAUGCUUACAACUGUAAGCUUUGCUUGUGGGCCAACAACACCGAUAGAAAUUUCAAGAAGAAAGUUGCACUGCUCUUACAACUUGAUAGCAUAUUGCUAGGAAUGUGAUAUAUGAUAAUGAUAAUGCUGAGAAGUAUGCGAGCUCAGCUCAUAUAUCACUGGCAUUCAAAUGAGUAAGAGACCAAGGAUUGAGACUUUAAUUGCUCAUGCAGGGAUAUGAUAUGACAUGAGAGUUGUCUACUUUUUAUUUAUUUAAUUUUGUGAACCAUUAUGCAUGGAGUGGUCUAUUUUUUGUGGUUCACAUCGAGACAUCCUCGUCACUAACAAAGUGCCAAGAUGAGUUUGUGUUUUCAUGACUGCCCAUGUCGAUAAUAUUUGGGAAUAAGGAAAUGAGUGGUCUUUAAGAAAUGAGUUCCAUGAUGGUGAAUGUAUUGUAACAUUCAAUUCUCCAAGCAUAUGAAAACUUUGUCAGUUGAAAAUGAAAUGAAGUUUUAUAAUAUUUGUGGCUCA